AUGGGGCAUGCGGCAUGCGGCAUGCAGCUUGUUUUCCUUUUUCCAUUUUCCAUUUGUUUAAUUUAUUUCUUUUUUUUUUUUAAUAAUUUUUCAUUUCAGUUAUUGUUUGUUUUGGCCUUUUGUUGCCUUUUGGCUAGGGUUAGCUUGAGUGAGGAGAUCGAUGGUUUAGCCACGAAGGCCACGGAGAAGGUGGAGGCCAUAGCCACCACCAAGCUAACACCCAGCAUUGUCGAAGAGGCCAAAAGCAAGACAGAAAAGCGGGACUCAUCGGAUCAGACAGGUGGCCCGUACUUGAGUCUAUCGAGCAAAGACCCACCAUUCCGACCGAUAUAUCCACCCGGCGGCAGUAGUAACAGCCACAGCCACAGCAGUAGCAGCCACUUUGAGGCAGAGACGCCAACGCCCAUCUUUGGACCCACAACGCUGCGUUAUACAGCGGCAGAGGCGGCACCACCACAGGCGUUCUAUGGACAGAAGGCGCCACCUCAGCAUCAUCAUCGCUACAGCUUCAGCGCUGUGGCGCCACAAUUGGAAUCCUAUCAGCGGCAAGUCGCAUUUAAGCCACCUGCCGCCUCGCCACAGCCGCAAUUGCAGCCACAGUUGCAGUUGCAGUUGCAUCAUCCUCAGUCAAUUUUCAAUUAUGCCGAACUUGAGCCGGAGGUUGGUGCCACAGCACCACUGACCCAUCAUCAUCAUCAUCAUCCACAUCUCAGCCAGCAAGGCAAGUACUUGCAGCAGCAGCAGGCGCCGCCGCAGCAAAAGUUGCAACAGCGGAUUCAGUACAUAAUUGCCAUACCGCUGUCGUAUAUGCGGCAAUUGCAACAACAGCAACAGUUGCAUCAACAGCAGCAGCAGCAGCAACAUCAAUUGCUCUUGUCACCACCACCAACUAGCAGCAGCAGCAGCAGCAGUACAACCACUAGCACCACCAGCACAGCAGCACCUUCAGCUCCGUCAUCGCAACCUUCGACCAUCGCCAGCAGACAUCCGGUGGUGCAGUUGCUAGGACCUUUGGCCCGUGAUCAUCAGGGUCAGUAUAGGCCUUACUAUCAAUCGGAUGCUGCUAGUGCACCACUCGCUGGACCCACUGCACCACUUAUCCACCAGCCAUAUCUGCAAAUACCCACCAGUCUGCUCAUGGCUGCUGCCCAACAGCUGCAGCAACAUCACCAACAGCAGCAGCAGCAGCAACAGCAACAGCAGCAGCAUCAUGCUGUCUAUGCCAAGGUCGCUGCGCCACCACCACCACCACCAGCAUCUACCUAUCAGCCUGCUCAGAUUAUCUACCAACCCCAGGCGCAACAUCACCACCCCCAGCCGCAGAUUCAACUGCAAUUGCAACGAAUCUUCCUGCAACAACCGCAGCCCCAGCAGUCCACCAUCUAUGCCGAGCAGCCAGGACCAUUGUAUGCAUAUCCGCUGCAGCAUCAGCAACAGCAACAGCAUCAGCAUCAGCAGCAACAAUACCAAAAGCCGCACCAGCAACCGUCCUUGAAGCAGUCACAGCAGCAGCAGCAGCAGCAACACAAAUACACGCCUGCAGCACCAACGGCACCGACAACAUCAUCAACAACGAGCACGGCAACGGCAACAUCAGAGUCGGCGGCUGCAACAGCAACAGCGGCAGCAGCAACAGCAACACGUCAGCAACACUUGCCCGUGGUGCACUACAAUCCCAUUUACGUGCAACAGCCCGCUGAGCAGCAGCAACAGCAGCAUCAAUUUGCCAUAUUGCCACGUUUUAGCAAUAAUAACCCCAAGGCCGUCUAUAACAUGGCCCAUGAGUCGGCAGGUCCCGGUCCCAUUCACGUGGUUAGAUUGUCGCCAGCAAAUGGUCCGCCGAUCCAUCACUACCACCAUUACCAGCCAGCGUUGCCAGUGUUGCAGCCUCUAUAUAACCAUGCCCCACAGCAAUAUGUAUCGUCGUCCUAUGCAUCAGCUGCCAGCGAAGAGGGUCCAAAGUCGCAGGCUUCUGUUUCCGGUUCCGGUUCUGGUUCCGUUGGUAACCUUUUAGCCGGUCCCACACCAUCACCCAUUAUGACCGCUGCCUCGCCGGCCAUUAUACCAUAUUUCAGCCAUCCGGGUGCCGUGCAUUAUGGCACGCAUUUGUAUCACCCCGGAGCGGCAACGGCAUUGGGUGCAACAACAACAACAGCAACAUCAGGAUCAGGCAUCGGGGUAACAGGACCAAGAGCAGCAGGACCAAAGCAACAGUCAACCGCAACAAGUGGGGGACAGCUGCCAGGUGACAGCAACAAUAUUGUGAAAUAUCCCUAA